UUGAUUGUCUUCUAUCUUCCUUCUACUCCCCCUCCUUUCCUUUGCUUUCAUCCAAUCUUUCCUUCCUUUCAUCCCUCCACGCUCCCCUUUGUCCUUCCUUCAUACAUUUGCUACAUCCUUCUACUCUUUCCUCAUUCCUCACUUCCUUCUUUCCUUCAUUACACCCCUCUACUCAUAUCAAUUCUUCCUGUCAUUCCUCGCUACUCACUGUCAUCUCUCUUCCCUUCCUUUCCUACAUCCUUGGUUCAUUUCAACCUUUUACAAACGUUUUUUAAUCUGUUGUUCCUCCCAUUCUUCUUUCCUACCUUCCAUUUUGCCUUCCAUCUUUCCUUCAUGUACGUCCAUAUAUGUAGCCCACCAUCUUUGCGACCCCUUUGUUUCCCUCUAUACCUCAUGUUUCUUUUCCUUUAAUCUGGUGUUACCGUAUUUCCUUCCCACCUUCCUUUCAUAUAAUUCUUGUAUCCUUACUUCCCUAAACCUAUUAAUAUUUCCUUGAAAUAUCCGUUCUUUCUUUUCCCCUUUCUUUGUUUUUGUAAUUUUAAAUUCAAUGAACUUUAAAUGAGGGAUUCCUGCCUUAUUUAUAAGGUAUCGUUAUACUCGUGGAGCCUGCUGAUACCAGCCAUUGCUAUUCUGCUGUGAUGUCAUCAGAGUCCAAGCCUCCCACGCCCACCCCAGCAGACACAUACAAGGGCUGGCUCUUCAAGUGGACCAACUACAUCAAAGGUUACCAGAGACGCUGGUUUGUCCUCAGUAAUGGGCUGCUUUCGUAUUACCGGACCCAGGCCGAGAUGGGCCACACGUGCCGCGGCACAAUCAACCUGGCCACGGCCAACAUCGUCGUGGAGGACUCGUGCAACUUCGUCAUCUCCAACGGCGGCGCGCAGACGUACCACCUGAAGGCCAGCUGCGAGGUGGAGCGCCAGCGCUGGAUCACCGCCUUGGAACUGGCCAAGGCAAAGGCCUUCCACAUGCAGGAUCUGUCGGAUGAGUCGUCGGACGAAGCGUCCGAAGCGCCCAACGCCUCGGGACAGGGGGGCGGAGGCCGCAAUGUGGAAAUCCAGUCUACGCUGCGCACGCUCGGCAGCAAAGUGGAAGACCUCGGCACGUGCAAUGAUCUGAUCGUCAAGCACGGAUCAGCCCUGCAAAGAUCUUUGUCAGAACUCGAGGGCAUUCACGAGGCGGCGGACAUGAGCGAGAAGAUCCGACAAGUCACCGAGAGGGCCACGCUCUUCCGAAUCACCUCCAACGCAAUGAUCAACGCGUGCCGAGACUUCCUGUCCGUAGCUCAGCACCACAGCAAGCGCUGGCAGAAGGCCUUGCAGCUGGAGCGGGCGCAGAGGAUCCGCUUGGAGGAGACGCUGGAGCAGCUGGCCAAGCAGCACAACCACCUGGAGAGAGCUUUCAGGGGGGCCACCGUCCUCCUGCCGUCGCGCAGCAACAUGGACUUGGCUAGCAAAGGCGCAAUCUCGGGAAAGGGGGAUGCCAGCGACGAGGAUGAUGACAACGAGUUCUUUGACGCCAUGGAGGAGCCGGCGGAGUUCAUCACGAUUCCCGCCGACCCGAAAUAUCACAGGUCGAGAUCUAGCAGCAACGUAAGCAGGCAGAGCAAUGAGACCGGCAUGGACGAUCUGUCGUUCGACGAGCUGUCGCUGGCGUCCGGCCCGGAGUCCCCGCAGCACCAUGAGCCGCAGCCCGUCAGGCGACGACGGACGCGCAUCCCAGAAAAGCCCAACUACUACCUCAACCUGUGGAGCAUCAUGAAGAACUGCAUCGGCAAGGAGCUUUCCAAGAUACCGAUGCCCGUGAACUUUAACGAGCCUCUCUCCAUGCUGCAACGGCUGUCGGAGGACCUGGAGUACUACGAGCUGCUGGACAAGGCGUCCAAGUGUCCGAGCUCCCUGGAGCAGAUGUGCUACGUGGCCGCCUUCACCGUCUCGUCCUACUCCACGACCGUCCACCGCACCAGCAAGCCCUUCAACCCUCUGUUGGGGGAAACCUUCGAGCUGGAUCGCCUGCGAGAGUGCGGCUACCGCUCUCUUUGCGAACAGGUGAGCCACCACCCACCUGCAGCAGCCCACCACGCCAUCUCCGAAAAAGGCUGGACGCUCAGACAGGAAAUCACCUUAGCCAGCAAGUUCCGAGGAAAAUAUUUGUCCAUCCUCCCUUUCGGUUCCAUCCAUUGCAUAUUUGAUAAGAGCGCCAACCAUUACACUUGGAAGAAAGUGACCACCACUGUGCACAACAUUAUCGUGGGCAAGUUAUGGAUCGAUCAGUCUGGGGAGAUCGAUGUGGUCAACCACAAGACGGGCGAUCGCUGCCACCUCAAGUUCACUCCUUACAGUUACUUCUCCAGAGACGUGCCGAGAAAGGUGACAGGCGUGGUGACGGACAAAGAUGGAAAGGCGCAUUACGUGCUGUCCGGCACGUGGGAUGAGAAGAUGGAGUUCUCCAGGAUCAUGCAAAGCAGCAAAAGCGAAAACGGCGCUGAGGGCAAACAGAGGACUGUCUACCAGACUCUCAAAGCUAAGGAAAUAUGGCGGAAGAACCCCUUGCCAGAGGGAGCGGAAAACAUGUACUACUUCUCCUCACUGGCAUUGACGCUCAACGAACCCGAGGAAGGCGUGGCGCCCACGGACAGCCGGCGGCGGCCUGACCAGCGCCUCAUGGAGAAGGGUUACUGGGACGAGGCCAAUGCAGAGAAGCAGAGGUUGGAGGAAAAGCAGCGGAUGGCUCGCCGGGAAAGGGAGUGGGAGAUCGUCAAGGCGGCCGUCACGCCCGAGGAUGCUGUCCAUCCAGACAGCUACCAGGCGCUGUGGUUUGAGAAGAUUGACGAACCCACGUUGGGAGAGAGCAUGCAUGUCUACAAGGGAGGCUACUGGGAGACCAAGGACAGCGGUGGCGGUUGGGAUGUUUGCCCUGACAUAUUCUGACCACAAGCUAUCAAAUGAAAGCCAACGGUGGAAAGGAUAUCACACACGGAAAAAAAAAGUUGCUUCACAACAAUGAACAAAAAUGUUAUUGAAAAAUGCUGUACUGUAGUCCUCUUUUUAUGAAAAUGUCAUGUUUGAUGAAUUUCAAAAAUAUGUAUGUUACAACGGGGGAGAAAAUCAAUUUGAGAAAAGGAGAAGAGUUUUCAGAAAACAAAUCUUUUGAGGCAUUUUUUAAAAUAGAAUAAAGUUACAAUUUUGUAAAUAAAAUAGGUAACCUUCCAAAAAAAAGUUGUAAUAUGCGAAAUAAGUUAGAAUUUUAUGAGGAGAAAUAUUACUGCAAGAAAGGGUUGUAAUAUGGGAUAAGAGUUACAAUUUGUAAGAAAUAUUUAAUAUUUUGAGAACGUGAUGAGAAUAAAGUAAUGGUAUGUUACAAGAAAAAUGUGAUUGUGCAAAAAUCAAGUUAAAAGUCAUGUUAAACCUAAAGGAAAAUGUAAUAUGUAAAUUGUAAUUUUACAAGAAAAACAGGUAUCAUUUACUCAGUUAAAAUCCACACCUCCACCUCAUUUUUUAUCCUAAAUAAAAGUAACAAGAGACAAAAUUUGUGGAAUAAUUUUGUGCAAAUUUCGUAAGAUUUUUUUUUUUACCAGAACCACAAAAAACCCAAAUUUUAAUUUACACAAAGUUGUAAUGUUACAAGAAAAAAAAGUUGGACUAUGCAAUUGUUGCCAUAAGUAUUUUUCUUCACUUCCAGGGUCACCAUCUUAAAAAACUAUAGAGGCAAGAUUUUCAUCUAAAGAGUCAAAUACUGUAUUUAAUAAAAUUAAAAUAAAGAAAAAUACUUAGGAGUGCAAACUGUAUUUUUUUGUCCAGCUUUGUACAAUGUAAGGGUCCUUUCGGACUAUGCAGUGAACGAGAUUCCUUAUUUUUUUUCCACUUAUUUAAGUGUACUUACUUUCUGUUGUCAAAUAUUAUUUGACAUUUUUACAUGCUGUAGUAUAUCUCUCCGUGUAUCCUCCUCCCUUCCCCCGGGAAACGGUGGUGCCUAUACGAGUUUAAUAUGUUUGAUAAUAUACUGUUCCUGGUUUCAAUAAAUUAGUGAUUGUCAAA